AUGGCCGUGCGGGAGGCGGGGCCCCGUGGCUCCACCCCUUCAGAACGGCGUUCCACACACAUACAUCUAUUCAGUGUAUUCGUCGCACGUAUUGCAUCUGUAACCGAGACGCGCCCGAGUUCGUGGUUGCAGCAUUUUCAACUUCCGGAAUCCACUACUCUGUAUUACCGUAUACUUUCGGCUAUUCCUACUCGUAUCUAUUCUCAUCCAUCAGCCAUGUCGAUGAAGAGGAAAAGCUUUUUCGUGAAACUCAUGAAGUUGGUUGGGAGAGGAAAUCAAGUUCAAUCGUCCAAAUCCUGCCUUGCACAGAUUUAUGAGCAAAGGAAGAAACAGCGACAGAGAUCAUCGCUCUCCUCGCAUCUGUCACAUGUAGAACCGAUGCCAACAAUUCUCGAAGAAGACGAGUCCCUUUUCACCACCUAUGACGAAUGUUCUCGAAUCUGA